AUGUAUGAUCUGGGAUACCGAUCCUUGUUCCCACCUCUUUGUCUACAAGAGCUGGGCUUCAUGCUGCAGCUCCUGAGUUGCUGCACCAAUACGGCUCUUUACGCCGUGACUCAGAGUGAUCGGAUCUGUUAUGCUCUCCGGACCAUAAACCCCGUUUAUUAUCCAAUGCUGGCUGCAUUUGCUGUUCCUGUGAACGUGCUGACGAUUGUGGUUCUGUCCAGAGGAAAGUGCGGUCUCUCAGCCAGCGUCACGCACUACCUCGUGUCCAUGGCAGCGGCGGAUCUGUUGGUUGUUAUCCUCGACGUGGUCCUGAAUCAGGUACCCAUCGCUUAUCGGGAGCAGUUCAGCUUCCUGAACGCCGUCCAUGUCUAUAACAUUCACGCGGUCCUGCUUUACGCCGCCACCGACUGUUCCGUCUGGUUCACUGUCGCUUUCACCUUUGAUCGAUUCGUGCACAUUUGUUGUCAGAAACUAAUCAGCAAAUAUUGUACCAGGAGAACGGCGGCUGUGGUUCUGGGGACAGUGAUGGUGCUCAGCUGCUUAAAUAUUUUCUGGUAUUUUAUGUUGAAAGGUGAAUACCACUUUGGUUAUUAUCCUUGGUUUUGUCUGGAGAGACCCGGUAUUUUGCAGUCACCAGUCUGGGCAGCAAUUGAAUUCCUCCAUUAUAUCUUCACACCGACAGUUCCAUUUUGUCUUAUCUUGCUGCUCAAUGCCUUGACGACCAGACACGUCUUAGUGUCUAGCAGGGCUCGAAGAAGACUGCGUGUCUCCAGCACCGGGGAGAAAGUGAGAGAUACAGAGAUGGAGAGCCGGAGGAAGUCCCUCGCUCUACUGAUUGCUAUAUCGGGCAAUUUCGUCCUGUUAUGGGGACUUUAUGUGAUAUACAACAUAUGGGGCAGAAUGAUUGAUCUAGGAUGCCUAUCCUCAGCCCCACAUCUUUUUCUUCAAGAGCUAGGUUUCAUGCUCCAGCUGCUGAGCUGCGGAACCAACACGGCUCUUUACGCCGUGACUCAGACAAAGUUCAGAGAACAGUUAAAGGAGAUGGUGAAAUUCCCCUUCACUCUCUUUGCAAAGUCCCUUGCAUGA